AUGUCACCACCCACGAAAUCUGUGCCCAUUCCCAUUCACAGGUCGGCGUCCCAUACACCUUCAAUGAUGGUAAACGCCAAAAAGUACUUGUCGGAUCGGCCACAAUUACUCGACUGUCCCAGAUGUAGGAAUCACGGUGAAACCGAACUUCAUUUCGUGAACGGGUUCUUCACGUACGUCGCUUUCUUAGUGAUCCUUAUCGCCGGAAUUUUUGUACUUCCACUUUUCUUCCUAUGGGUCCCGUUCUGUGUUGAAACGUUCAAGGAUGUUGAGCAUCACUGCCCGUCGUGUAAAGCAUGGAUAGGCACAUACAGGCGUCUUGGAAAAAGCACUUGA